GACACCUAAAGCAAUCCCUUAUCUAAGAUCUCCAUUAAGUGCUGGACUUAAUUAAUGGAGAUCAAGCGAGCCAACGCUCUUUUCUUCUUUAUUUUAUUUUCUCUUUCUACUCUUUCUAUAGGAGCUCAGGGCACCACGAAACACAACAAUGUGAAGCUUUUUAUAUUUGGGGACUCUUAUGUUGACACUGGCAACUUCAAAAAAAAUGACGGAGCAUGGAUCCAUCCUUAUGGUUUCAGUUUUCCUGGUAAACCCAGCGGCCGCUUCUCUGAUGGUCGUGUCCUCACUGACUAUAUAGCUUCAUUUCUCGGCAUAAAAACUCCACUCGCUUACAAAUUUAGAAAAUAUGCAAACAAAACGCAGCUAGAGCGAGGAAUGAAUUUUGGGCAUGGAGGGAGUGGUGUUUUUGAAACGUUUAACAAAGAUUUCCCAAAGUUUGAAACCCAAAUCUAUCAGUUGGAACAUCUUCAUCGCCAAUAUACUAAACGCGAUUUUGCUAAUUCUGUGGCGUUGGUAUGUUUCUCCGGCAACGACUAUGCUUCCCAUAUGCAAAAAAAUGGCAGCGUUCAGGAAAUGCCAAGUUUGACAAGAAGAGUUGUAGAUCAGCUAGUUAAGGAUAUACAACAUAUUCAAAGUUUGGGAGUUGCAAAAAUAGCAGUAGUAGGAAUGGGGCCGUCUGGAUGUGUUCCCCAAGCAACUGACAAAAUUUCUUACAAUAGUUGCAACGAAGACUUAAAUUCAGCCUCAAAGUUUCACAACCAGAUGCUCCAGCAAGCUCUAACAGAUUUGAACAAAGACAGCAAGAAACCUACAUUCAUGUAUCUCGAUCUUUAUAGCUCAUUCGAAACAGCCAUGGACGCGCUAAAACGCAGUGCAGAAAUUAUGGAGUACAAGAACCCAUUGAAGCCUUGCUGUAGUCUUGAGAUCAACAAUGGAGAAAGGAAAUUUAUAAUAUGCAAACAUCCUGAGCUAGCAUUCUAUUGGGAUGAUGUUCAUCCUUCUCAAAAUGGUUGGCAUUCUGUUUAUUUGGCUCUAAAACCUACUCUCAAAGAACUCCUAAUUAAUUGAUUCUUAAUUUUUGAGUUGUCUUCCAAACACUGAUCUAUGUGGUGAAAAUUUUAUAUUUGUUUGAGCAAUACUACAGAGAGCAAACAUCUUCAUUUCUGCACUGUAAUGGCUGUCCUAUUUUGAAUGAUGUUCAAAGUUCAUAAUUAGUUA